AUGGCCGCCGCUCAUUUCACGCUCAACACCGGCGCCCGCGUCCCCUCCGUGGGCCUCGGCACCUACAAGGCCGCCCCGGGGGUCAUCGCCGACGUGCUCAGCGCCGCCGUCAAGGCAGGGUACCGGCACAUCGACUGCGCGCCGCUGUACCAUAAUGAGAAGGAGAUUGGCGUUGCUCUGAAGAGGCUCUUCGACGAUGGCGUGGUCAGGCGAGAGGACCUCUUCAUCACUUCCAAGAUAUGGUGCAGCGAUCUCGCACCCGAAGACGUUCCGCUCGCAAUCGACAGCACACUGAAAGAUCUGCAGCUGGAUUAUGUGGAUCUAUACCUAAUACAUUGGCCAUUCCAGGUCAAGAAAGGCACCGAAAUAAGCCCCGAGAACUUUGUCCACCCUGACAUACCCAAGACCUGGCAAGCGAUGGAGCAGCUGUACGAUUCAGGCAAGGCUCGUGCCAUCGGCGUGAGCAAUUUUUCCUCCAAGAAGCUAGGUGAUCUGCUUGCCAUUGCCCGUGUCCCUCCGGCCGUUGAUCAGGUCGAGUGCCACCUUGGCUGGCAACAGGCGAAGCUGAGGGCGUUUCGCCACUCCAAUGGGGUUCAUCUAUCAGCGUAUGCGCCCUUGGGCAGGAUGAAAGAUGUCGCGAGUAACCCGGUGGUGACAUCAGUAGCCGAGAGCCUGGGGAAAACUCCGGCGCAGAUCGCUCUGCGCUGGGGUCUUCAGCAGGGUCAGAGUGUGCUUCCCAAGAGUGCUAAUGAGUCGAGGUUGAAGGAGAACAUUGCUCUGUUUGACUGGUCUAUUCCUGAAGAACUGUGCGCCAAGCUUUCUGAAAUAAAACAGGUUAAGCAAAUCAGAGGGGAUUCGUUUGUGCACCCUCAGAGCAUUUACAAAACCUACGAAGAGCUCUUCGACGGAGAGAUUUGA